UUAUCACUUGAUUUUCCUAUGGACGCCAGUACCAAAAAUAUCUUCCAACAGUUCCUUAUUGAAGAAUUUGAGAAACAAAAAGACAAAAAAAUGGAUGUUGUUGCUACGAAAAGAAAGCAGUUCAAAAGCUUGCUUGAUAAAGCUGAAAAUGAACUGCGAAAUAAAUCGUACGACAUGGCAACAAAGAAUUAUUACAGCGUAAUUCACUUUUUAAAAAAGGAACCCUAUCCUGAUGAGUUACAAUUAUCUGUGGAGACAGAUUAUUCCAUAAAAUGCUGCUUUUGUUACAGUGCUCUGAUGAACCCAGACCGUUUUAAAGACGAGGAAAUAAGUAGCGUUUUGUUAGAUGUUAUCAAGGAGUUGAACAAUAAGUUUAUAACGAGGCUAUUUCCGAUGUUUUUACUUGUCUUGCUCAAUUUUCACAGAAAGAAUUGGCUUACUACUUUAACGUGGUGUAAUGAAAUCGCUGAUUAUAUAUAUGAAGAAGAAAGUGAUCAAGGUACAGAAAUUUUCAAGGAAUUGUUACCAGAACCUUCUGAAAUUAGACACGAAGUGGACAGAUACGAAGAAAUAGCUUUCUUUGGAUACGGGGAGAAACUUACUAGAAACAUCAUUUUUAAGCCUCGGUUCGAGAAAUACAAGACUUGGGGGUGCAAAAUCGACGAUUUUGUAGCCAAUAAAACCGCGCAAUUACAAUCGCCCAUAUCAGAAACUGAACUUCACACUAUGUUUCACCAUGAAAUUUUCCCGAUGUGGUGCCUGGCGAGUGGUGAAAAUCACAAGAACUAUUACAACGACAAAUUUGCAACUAAGUGCACGCAAUGCAUGCACGCUAAAUUGUACAACGGUAUUCCCAGGAAGAACGAGCUCGGCGAAGAUCACGCCAAAUUUGAAAAAUAUGUGGCCCAGUGCGCGGAAUUUUACCAGAAAUAUGCCUGUGGCACUGGCUUAGAGGUGAAAAAAAUUAAAGACUUGAUUUCAAAGAAACAAACUUGCUCAACAAUGUCCCAAACUGAAAGACCAAAAAACAACCAUAAACACAUUCAAACUGAGGGACCCAAAACUAGAAAUGCAGAGGUACAGGUCAAUAGCGACUCUCAGGUACUAAACGCCAUACUGGAAAUAAAGAACAAGUGCCUGGCGUUGCAGGAAAAGAAAGACGACGCAAUUGUUAAACUCAACAGGAAAAUAAACGAACUGCAGGAUAAAAUAAAUAAAGACGUUAAGACUAGGAAGACCGUUGAACUAGAGUUUGAAAAGAAAACCGCCAGUUUCAAGUUUGAAAUACAAAAACUGAAGGAACAACUGGCUGAAAGUGAAAAGAAACAGAAAAUGGAGAACGAGAAAAACGUUUCACUUCAAAAAUUGCUUGUGGAGCAGGUCAACGAUAAGUACAACUUGCACAGACAGCAUUAUAAAAUUUCGGAAAAGCAGGCUCUCUUCAUGGUUACAUACUUAAAGGACUUAUUAACGUUUCUAACUCCAAAAAGUAUCCCGAAUGAUAAUAUUUGUAGGCAAGGCAUCGAGGUGUGGGAGAAUGAACUGCGAAAAGUUAAAGGAGGCUUAGAACAGCUCAAUAGUUUUUAUCAGAACGUUAGAGUAGACAUCAUUAAAACUGAUAUAUAUAACACACCAUGGCCAGAGAUUAUGGAAGUCCCGAGACUCGAGGAUAACAUAAUAUUUAAUAACUUUAAAGCAGCUAUAAGAAACAUUAUACAAACCGAAGAAAAGCUGUACUGGAAAUACAACACAGAAUGUCAGGCACAGAUGCAACGCCCGCCCACUAUGGCACCAAUCAAUUUUCCGUACAACAUCCAACGGGCCCAAUUUCCACCACAGAAUAAUAUAUUUGUAGGACCGAGACUCGUUUAUUCCAAUACGCCUGGCGUUUCAGUGCCUCUUCAAUAUCAACCGCAAAUGCAGCAAAUUCCAAAAAAGGAGAAACCUCCUGCCGAACCUACUACACUGAUCGUAACUACUAAAGAACUGAAACCAAUCUCUCAACAGAACUCGAGGAUGAGUAAAUCCAUGGAAUUCCUUGACAAAUCCGGAGGGACAAAGAUAAGUCCGGUGCAGGCGUGCAAUCGGGGAACCCCAAAGAAGGGAGCAUGUACCUCAAAGGCGGACAAUAAAAAAGAGAGUGACAUAAUCUUACUAGAUUAUGUCCUGGAACGUUGCUCAGGUGCGACAGAGGAAGAAGUGACCCUGGCUUUGUUGAAACUCCUGGAGGAGAACAAAGGCACGUUGUCGAAUCUUCCAAAGGAAAAAAUUGCUGACGACGUUAAAAUAAUACUUCGGAUGAAAAAACAAGCAGCAUGGGUAACCCCCAAGUCACCACAUGUGGACUGGCACAACCCUCACACAGAAAACGAGUGCUCUAUUUGCUUUGAAGAAUUUUCAUUGCAAGAUAAAUACAUUCUUCCCUGCCAACAUGAGUUUCACAAAGAGUGUAUCAAAAAAUGGCUGAAAACCAGCAGCGUUUGCCCAAUUUGUCGCAUCCAUUCCGUCGUUGAUGAAGAAUUCCCGCCACUACAUUAGUACUUAUAUUUUUUCUUUGUAUUUGAGUAUAUGUUCAAGUAAUCUUAGCAUAAAAUACUUUUUACCUAUAUAUAAUAAUGU